AGGUCGCUCUUACCUACGCGUGAGAUGUGUGUGUCCGUCAGUGCUGUCUUAGUUGUUUUUUUUUUCAUUUUUUUAAAAAAAGUGUUUCAGUCUUCCACAGCGGAGUGUAUGCGUCCCAUAUUAUGUUCCGCUUGCACGAAGAACCGAACAGACCGAGACGGGUUUUGACUCUGGCGCUUGGAUUCUCCUCCCGUGUGGUUUUUGUUCCACAUCAACUAUUGAAAUGUUUACACAAAAGGUGUAAAAAAAGAAAAGCUAUUUCUUCCACACAAGGAGUCGCCGACGCAGGAACCAUCGCUGCGGUGUGCAUUAGUCCCAGAGUGGGGGAGUUGACACGUGAGCAGUAGAGGACGUGAACAAUGACAGGAAGCUAAGAUCUCACCAAGUUAUCUACCGCAACUGAACCGGAGAAGAUCGGAGAGGAUCACCAUGGCAGAACCGGGACCUGAACACCCUUCGCUGGCACUCCGUGGUCUCCCGUCCGAAUCAGAUUGUUUUGGGAGCAUGGCGACACCCUACUUUGAGGGGGCAGCAGUCGUGGAUAUGUGUGUAAAAACUGAACCUGAUGACAAGGACAUUUCCCACCCUGACUAUUGUACCGAGGUUCAGGGCUUCGGUGCUGAAGAGAUGCACUCAGGGCUACAUCUGGAUUCCGACAAAAUUAAAACGGAGAUCGUACUGGUCAAAAUAAUGGACGACAAUGCUGAUCUACAGCUUCGCAGCACCACUGAGGUGUUUCGCCCUCCGUUAGAGCAUUCCGGCUCUUCUACUUUUCCGUUACUCGGACAAUAUCCAGCAGAGACGGGUGCAGUUAAAAUAGAGCAACGCUCUUCCUCACAAAAAUCUUUGUGCACCGAGAAGGAAUUUAAUGAAGCUGCUCAUUAUGGGCUAAAGGAAGAGUGUGCGGAUUUGCAGGUGCCUCCUUUAAGGUCUUUUUCCAAACACUGGAAAGCAGAGGCAGAUGAAGUAAAGGAGCAUUCUCGGUUAGAAGGAUCAUCCAGUACAGAGAGAACAGUUAAUGAAGUUGUAGAUGACCUCUUGCAGAAUAAUUCUGUGGAACUAGAGAGCAGUUUAAUUAUUGCAGAUGAUAUUGUAGCAAAACGUGCUUUGGAAGCACCUAUGGGACCUGUCACUGCUGGUCUAACCAACAAGGCCAGGAAGGAGCCAUGUAGUGGCAGUGUUACCCAUAAAGCUCAGCAAUGGCAGUGUCUUCAGUGCAGAAAGGUAUAUAAAAAUUUGUCAUACCUGGAAAAUCCUUUAAAGGUUGGAUUGUGCGAUAAAUAUUGUUGCAAGCAGUGUGGAGUAAGUUUUUCUCAAAACUGUUGCUUAAAACAGCACCAGCUUAUUCAUUCUAGGCAGAAACCAUAUAAAUGUAGUCAGUGUGGGAAAAUGUUUUCCCGUCAAAGUGCCUUAAAACUCCACCACGAUUUCCAUGCUGGCAAGAAGCCAUUCGCGAGCGGAAGCCGUGGAGACGUGGAAAAAGGGGUGAAACGCAAGAGAGUUGCUCAUAGUUUGAAAUUAAAACUAGAGGUGCUAAAGCGCCUCGAAUGCGGUGAAAGACAAAAAGACACAGCUAUUGCUUUAGGUUUAUCAAAAUCUACAGUGAACUCGAUUUAUGUGUCAAGAGAACAAAUCAAAGCGAGAGCCCAAAAUGUGCUUGGUGGCGAUAAGCUUACAAAAAUUACACGUGGGAGACAUGAAAUCUACGAAAAGCUUGAAAGACUUUUGGUGCAGUGGAUAGACUCGCACAGCGAUCGCGGCAUUCCUUUGACCACUAUUUUAAUUCAAGAGAAGGCCCGGACACUUUUUGUCGACCUCAAGAAUAAGGCACUGAAGGAGGGAGAUGAGACCGUGAGCAAGAUUAAAUUCAAAGGGAGUCACGGGUGGUUUGAAAGAUUUAAAAAGAGAGCGAUGCUGCAUAACGUGAAAAUUCGAGGGGAUGCGUCAGCUGACAGCGAGUACGCAACAACCUUCCCCACGGAGCUUCAGCAAAUCAUCGAGGAGGGCAACUACACCAGCAAACAAAUAUUUAACGUGGACGAAACGGGCCUAUUUUGGAAACGGAUGCCGACACGUUCUGUAAUUUCUAAAAUUGAAGCACAGCAAAGAGGGCACAAGGCAUCCAAAGAUCGGCUCACGCUCCUGCUUGGGGGGAACCUGGAGGGUGACGUCAAGCUGAAGCCCCUCCUCGUCUACCAUUCCGAAACCCCUCGAGCGUUGAAAGGUGUUGUGAAGCACACUUUACCUGUUAUUUGGCGGUCCAAUAGAAAGGCCUGGGUCACUUGUGAUUUGUUCAUGGAUUAUAUAAAAAAUUAUUUUUGCCCCUUUGUCCGAGAAUAUUGUGCAAAAAAUAGCCUAGACAACAAGGCUAUUCUUGUGCUCGACAAUGCCCCCGGCCACCCUUUUCACAUUGAGGAUUACGGUAAUAUUCACGUGGUAUUUUUGCCUCCCAACACCACAUUUUUCCUCCAACCCAUGGAUCAAGGUGUACUCAACACUUUCAAGGCAUAUUAUGUGCAACUAGUUAUGGAACAUAUUGUGAGCCGGGCUGAUGCGAACGUAACUGCAAUGGACAUUUGGAGGAAUUUCACUAUUAAGCAGGCUAUUGAAACGAUUUUUACAGCUUGGUCCAUGAUUUCCAAACACACCAUGAACUCUGCUUGGAAAAACUUAUGUCCAAAAUAUGUUCACGGUUUCAAAGGAUUUGAAGAUGAUCUAAAAUGUGUUCGUAAGGAAAUCGUCCUGCUGGCAAUGAAAGCAGGUUUUGAAGAUGUCGAUGAUGAAAACGUUUCCGAACUUCUGGCAUCACAUAAUGAGAUUCUUUCAAACGAGGAGUUAUUGCAACUCGACGAAGAACGCCUAAAAGAAGAGAGAUCAGAUGACGGCGGUGAUGGAAAUGAUGACGAUGAUGAUGACGAUGAACCAAAGGUUUGGGAUGUGAAAUCACUCAGGAUGCUUUUCCAACAUCAUGAUGCAAUGUUGCAAGUUAUUGAUGAAUACGAGACUGAUAUGGAACGAGGUUUCAAAGUAAAAAUGAUGCUAAUGCAAAGUAUUGAACCAUAUAAAAAUCUAUAUGAAGAGAGAAGAAAGCAGGCAAAACAAUCAAGUGUUACUGGUUUUUUGAAGUCGAGAGAAAAAACAGCUGCUGCACAAGAAGUGUUGCCGUCUACAUCUGGAUACAUUUGUCCAUCCGAUAAAGCAGUUGAAGAAGAAAUGGAUACAGAUGACUAAUUCCUGAUUAUCCCAUUUUGGUCAGUUGUGUUCAGUCACCCUCACCACCAGCACCACAGUCUCCUUUUUCUCACGCUUCCUCCUCCACCUAAGACCAUGGCCUCCCCUCUCCUAACAUCUCCCCCUUGCCUAAGCCAGUUGACAUGCACUGUUACGAUCCUAUCCAUCUUUUCAGUAUAGUGUUCUGCAUAAGUGCUGCCUCCUCUACUCAGGGAUUAAUACACACUGAGGACAGAAGAGAAAGGGGAAGAGGAAUCACCAUUUGGUAUAUAGGUUGGGGUACGUGAUAAAGUUGCUCAGAAUAACACUGGUAGUGAAUAAUGCCACUCAGCAAGCUGCAGUGGUGUUUUAAACUUCUGCCACUGCAUUUGUUUCUUGUCAACAAGGGCUUCCUUCUUGCAACCAUUCCUAACAACAUGUUAGUGUGGCGGUACCUUCUGAUGAUGGACUCAGAGACUUGGUGACCCCAAGAUGACACAAGGUAUUACAGUUCUCUGUUUUAACAUCUGAAACCUGGACAAUAUACACUUAUUGCUUAAUAUACUGUAUAAAAUUAAUCCAUUUCAUAAAGUGGUGCAGAUAUCAAAAUUUAGGAUACUGAAAACCGAUUUCACAUCAUUUUAAAUAGGAAAAAUAAUAAUGCUUUUCCAGCCCACCUAAAAACCCCAAACAACUUUCUCCCCCAACUUGAACAUGGUAGAACGCCUACAGAACUAUCAACCCAUGAUAUCAGUAGAACAUGAAGCACAUUUACAUUUGUUUUUUAACCAAUGCCUUUCUUCAAAAGAUACAUACAUCUCAGAAAAUAUAAAAGUGUAUUACACGAGUUACCUUUGCUGCCUUGCUUCAAAACCAUGCUUUCAAAGCCCAGGACACUUUUCUGUUUGCACUGAAAACUCCAGACCCAGUUUUACUGCUGCGAGGUAAUUUCCACUUUUCUUUUUAAUCGAUCAGUUCUAUGCAAGAUGAGCAAUGAACCAAGCGGAGAUGUACUACAACUGCAAUCAUUCAAUUAAAUAGCACGUCCAAUAUAGGUGACCGGCACACCUGUGGAAGUUUGUAUGCUUCUCAUAAUGCCCCACUCUCUUAAAGCAACACUCACAUUGUUGAGCUACAACUUUAAACAUUUUUUGGACAUGCUUUGGAUAAAUUUUGCUGUACUGAUGUUUUUGUUCUGCAUACUGCAAAAGAUGUAAUUUUAUUUGGGAAAAAUAUUAUUUUUUAAAGGCUACAGAAGUAGUGAUUCUGCCAUCAAGAUUUACCCCAUACUGUUCUUUACACAGGGGGUAAGAGUCAAAAAAGUUACAGAUCAUAUGAGUCAUAUUUACAGAAAUUCAUUUUACUUUGGAAACUUCCCAAUCAUGUAACACCUUGCACUUUCAUUCUUUGAUAUGUGAACUGUAGAAUGUAUUUUGGAUGUACAUUUUAUUUUUAUUUAUGUGAACUGGCUCUGUUACAAUUUUAUAUCUGCAAA